AUGAUCGGGACGAAGAUCUAUUGUUUCAUGAAUUAUCUGAAGAAGAAAAUUUGUAAAGCUCUGGAAAAUAAAGAAGUUACUGCUGUCUGCCCAAUAUUGCUGUGGAUUAAAUUGUUCAACAUGCCAAAAGCAAGAAAAUCCUGGGUUUGGCGGCACUUUGAAGCUGAAACCGAUCGAGAUGCAAGAUUCAGUCUUACAUUAGACGAAUGGACUGACCUCACAGGACGUCGGUACUUGCAUGUCAAUUUGCAUGAUCUUGAAGGAACAUAUAACCUUGGAAUUAUACCAGUUCCUACUGGCCACUGCACAGCUGAUGUGAUUUCUCAACUUGUCACUUCCAAACUUGAAGAAGUAGGAUUAAGCUUAACAAAACAUAUCGUUUCUUCCACUACUGACGGCGCUAAAGUCAUGCUGAAAUAUGGUCGCAUUACACAUAUCGGUUUUCAAGCAUGCAUCAACCACGGAAUCCAUCUAGCUGUUACUGAUGUUCUUUACAAGAAAAAGAAGAAACAAACU